GGCUUUCCUUAUUCUUGUAUUUCCUAACCUUGUUAUAAUUUGUUUUCUAGCCUCCCUGAGGCAGUAGAGACUUUUUCCCUGCGCACUAGUGCGUCCCGGCUUUUCCACUGCCAACCACUGAGGAACCGGCUUCAUUUAGUUUUCAUGGGAAGACGGGCUCAGUCGGCGCCGAUAGCCGGAGCAGGUAAGACAUGUAGCGGUGCACACCCGGGCCAUAAGGAGGAUCCAGGAUGUUCCUGCCCUACCUGGGAAUGUUGGUGGCGGUGGUGGCGGCCAACAAGAUGCUGGACCAGUGUCUGAGCGCCAAACGGCAGUACGCCAUGAACGUGGUGCUGCUGGAAGACAACACCUACGCCUGGAGCAGACCCCUGGUGCAGGCGGCCGUGGAACAAGCCAUCAAGAGGGACCGGGAGGAGAACUUGAAACACGACUUCAACUUUACUUUGACUGCAAACUUCUACGGCUUCAACACCACCUUCUACAACCGACAAGGCUGCGGCAGCAGCACCUGUGAGGGCGUGGCCAUAUUGAAGAUGCUGCAUAACAAAGGUGAGGUGGGAUGCGUCAUGCUGGGUCCGUCCUGCACGUUCGCCACCUUCCAGUUAGUGGACGACGUCAUCGGCCUGAGCCUGAGCAUUCCCAUCAUCUCGGCGGGGAGCUUUGGCCUGUCGUGCGACUACAAGCCCAAACUCACCCGCAUCCUGCCGCCGGCGCGCAAGAUCUCCGACAUGUUUUCCAACUUCCUGAUGGAGGUGCUGCCCUUCAAGGACCAGUGGGAGCACGUUUACGUCUACAAGAAGUUUGUGGACAAUGCCACCGAGGACUGCUUCUGGUACACUAACGCGCUGGAAGCACCUGCAGCCAACUUCGCCAAGCAAAUAAAGAGGCAGAUGCUCCGAACAGAGGAUGAGCUAACGAAAGCCCUCAUGUCUGAGGAACGACACAGUAACAUUUUCAUCCUCUGUGGCCGCCUUGACGACGUACUUUCAGUGAAGGCCAAAGUGGGUCCUCUUCACCAGGACACCGUCUUCCUUCUUCUGGACCUUUACAACCCUGAGUAUUACGUCAACGCCACGUCCAGUCAGGGCAUGCAGGACGUCCUGGUGGUCACGCUCCCAAAGAGGAACUACGACUAUGGAUCUGCUCUCCAGUUCAACGACACGAUCAACGAUUACGUGGCCGGCUAUCAUGACGGCGCCCUGCUGUUUGGUAAAGUGCUGAGGGAGAGAGAGCUGAGUCAGCGGAACAACUCAAACUACAGAGACUCUCAUGACGUCCCGCUCAGCGACAACCCAUUUGGGAAUGUCUCCUUCCUCGGUAUGGGAGGACACUACGUGCUGGACGAGUACGGGGACAGAGAUGUCAACUUCUCCAUCAUUUAUACUUCCACUAAAAGUGGCAAGUACGACACUCUGUUGGUGUUUGACACGUCCCAGAAUAAAACAAUAGAGAUGGCUCACAAUCCAGCUUUGCCUUGGAAAGGAAAUCGUCUGCCCCAAGAUCUGCCUGAAAGUUUAGUUGGUCUGACCACGCAGGAUGUGAUCGUGAUCGUCCUGAGCGUCAGCGUUGUCGUGGUGACCGCCAUGGCACUCAUCUUCUACAGGCAGAACAGGAAAGAACGGCAAAUGCAGAAAAAGUGGUCUCACAUCAGCCCUCAUCUGAUUGGUCCGCUGGACGAGAAGGAGGUCUUCCUCAAGAUUGAUGAAGAUUCCAAGAGGAAAGACAGCACUUACUUCAAUCGCCGAUGCCGCUAUGACAAGAAGCCGGUCAUCUUGAAGGAGCUGAGACACACUGAUGGAGACUUCACACAGGAACAGAAGAUUGAUCUUAACACUCUGCUGCGUAUUGACUACUACAACCUGGCCAAGUUCUACGGCACCGUCAGGUUCGAGUACGGAGUCUUUGGAGUCUUUGAGCUGUGCCAGAGAGGCUCCCUCAGGUACAUCCUGAAUGACAGAAUCUCCUACCCAGAUGAGACCUUCAUGGACAAGGAGUUCAAGAUCUCAGUCAUGUAUGACAUAGCCAAGGGCAUGUCCUAUCUCCACUCCAGCAACAUUGAAGUCCACGGUCGCCUGAAGUCCACCAACUGCGUGGUGGACAACCGCAUGGUGGUGAAGAUCACCGACUUCGGCUGCCACACCAUCCUGAAGCCAGGUCGAGAUGUCUGGACCGCUCCAGAACAUCUGCGCAGAGACGGCGUGUCUCAAAAAGGGGACGUCUACAGCUACGGCAUCAUCGCCCAGGAAAUAGUUCUCAGGCGGGUGCCGUUCUACACGCCAUGCUGCUCCAGUCGAGCAGAGAAGAUCUACAGGGUGCAGUACCCCAACGGCUUUGCUGUCUUUAGGCCAGAACUGAACUGCGAUGGCGUGUCAGAGAAAGACAUGGAGCUGCAAAUGCUGAUAAAGAACUGCUGGGAUGAAGAUCCAGAACGAAGGCCGGAUUUCAGGAAAAUCGAGAUGACUCUGGGAAAGCUUUUCAGCAACCUGCAGAACCAGGCCACAGAGACCUACAUGGACAACCUGAUCCGCCGCCUGCAGAUGUACUCCAGGAACCUGGAGCACCUGGUGGAGGAGAGGACGUCUCUGUACAAGGCUGAGAGGGACCGAGCGGACCGCCUCAACUUCAUGCUCCUUCCCGGUCCGGUGGUGCGGUCGCUGAAGGAGACCGGCAGGGUGGAGCCGGAGCUCUUUGAAGAGGUGACGGUCUAUUUCAGUGACAUUGUGGGCUUCACCACCCUGUGCCACUACAGCACCCCUAUGGAGGUGGUGGACAUGCUCAAUGAGAUCUACAAGAACUUUGACAGUGUCCUCGACCACCAUGAUGUCUACAAGGUGGAGACCAUAGGAGAUGCCUACAUGGUUGCUUCGGGUUUGCCCAAACGCAACGGUGACCGGCAUGCCGUGGACAUCGCACGCAUGGCACUGGACAUCCUGUCCUUCGUCGGGACCUUUGAGUUGCAGCAUUUGCCCGGCAUUCCUCUGUGGAUACGGAUUGGUGUGCAUUCAGGUCCGUGUGCUGCUGGAGUGGUGGGCAACAAGAUGCCUCGAUAUUGUUUGUUUGGAGACACUGUCAACACCGCCUCACGCAUGGAGUCCACCGGCCUGCCGUUAAGAAUCCACAUCAGUCAGUCCACACUUGGAAUCCUGCAGAGGACCGACUGUCACUUCCUAUGUGAGCAGAGAGGAGAGACUUACCUUAAGGGCAAAGGCAAAGAGAUGACCUACUGGCUGACCGGGGAGACCGGAGACAAGUACAAUCUUCCCACACCUCCCACAGCGGAGAACUUCCAGAGGCUGCAGCAGGACCUGGCUGAGAUGAUCGUGUCCAGCCUGGAGCAGCGAGGAGAAGGUGCCGAGGUCCUGGAGAAGAGGAAAACCUUGUCUGCCAAAGCGUCGAAGAGGCACCCGGAUGGCGGGCCGCCCGAGUACUUCCACUUGGCCGUCACGGAUGAGCCCGGAACUUACCUGUGACGGUGCAGGACCAGGACUUCCUGCUACGAACACUGCGGGCGUUCUUUGGACUCCACGCCGGGACUCUGGCGACCACAAUUUGCUGAAAAAGUCUUAUUUGGCAUCACCUUCAUUGUCCCUUAUGUGCUUAUGGAGUCACGUCUUGUGUUAUGAAACGAUGUCUGCAGACCGCCUGGAGUCACUUCCUGUUGUGAACUUCUCCUGCGUCUACUUUUUGUCACCUCGCUAAAAAUAGACAGGAAGUGUGCAGUCAAACUGUUGCUUUGAUAUGCCGUUCACAUUUGGACCGAUACGGUACCGAUUUUCAAUACUUUUGUGUGUGUCAAUAAAUAAUAGUUUUUGGUACAAAAUGAUGAAUAGUCCGAUUAUGACACCUGCUGUCCAGUUUUUGUUCUUCUUUUAUUUUCACAUUUCUCAGUUUUAUUUGCAAGUUCGACACUACUGUAAUUCCAGUCCCAGACACCAGAUGGCAGCAGGGUAUAGUUCAUGCUGUGUGGGCGACUCAGUCCAGUCUUUGCUAAAUCCAGGUUUUUGGUGUGCCUUAAAAAGUGUUAGUACUGUAAAUAUUGUACUGAAUACACACUACUUAUUUGAUUAUGUACAUCUUAGUUGCCAGGAAGUGGUGUGACAAUAAAGGUUCUUGUUGCAAGGCAGAGUUCACAGGGAGGGGCUGUGUCUGAAGCACAGGUGCUACAUUCUUGUGUUCGGACUAAGUUGUUUUGUGUAAGAACUUUCUUAGGUUGCUGUGACCUGUCUAAAAGCAGCUGACCGGGUCGGCAAACUUUUCAAAAUAAAGUUCCCCGCCAAGGUAUGGACAAACGAAGAUGGCAACAUUCAAACCACAGAAUCCAGAAAAGCCAGCACCUCCCCUCUACAUCAGAACUUCCCACUGCACGCAACCUCUCGGUGGCCCGAACCCUUUAGAACCGGAUAAGUAAGAAAAGGACAGACCGGAGGAACAUGCUCUCAGUAUCUGGAUCACAUCGGACUGUCUGCCCCGCAGGUUUUUGAGGACCAGUCAUAGACAAUUUAGAGUGAAAAUGUUAUUUUCACUGGCAUACAAAACAUUCUAACUUGGAUAGUUUCCCUGGCUUGGAAACUCCUGAAGGACAGUGUGGCAAAGACACAACAAACUCUCUUCUUGUCUCUCAUGGACACACAUCUGUUGUUGACUUUGGACUGACUAUUGGCUGCACGACAUCAAGGCCAUGGAACAGAGACUGCAGGUUUACACACAAACAUGUAUCCACAAAAAUAUACGCCACACAUACAAACCCCACCUCCCAAUCCAAUGCCCUUGACGCAAAUCCCAUAGGGGAGGAAAGGAUGGUCAACGCCUGAGAGCUGCGGCCUGCCACCAUGACCCCGCACUCCCUUCCCUCCGUUGCUAGAUAUCUGGAGAUGUAUGUGCUUUGCCAUGGAGGGUUUUUUUUCCCACUCCAGACUGGACCCCCUUAGGAGCCCAGUCUAGAUUGUAUUUUUUUACUCAUCCUUCCCCAAUGUUUUACCUUUUUCCCCAUCUUUUAUGGGGCGCCUUGUUGUUCCUGUUCUGUAAACCUGUACACUGUUUCUUUGUCUCAUCUUGAACGAGUUUGUGUUGAUAACACGUUUCCUUGUACUUUUGCAAUGACAAUAAAGACCUACCUAUCUAUCACUUGUA